GUAAGAGGGCAGCAGCUUCAUUUAUUCCUGCUUCUUUCCUCUGUUGUUAUUGAACAUGUUCAAGUCACUCAGAUACUGCAUGUUCAAGUCACACUGAUACUGCACCAGAGAUCCAUCAGCUCCCCAUCUCUGCCCCAAAGGCAGCAUUGGAACGGCAGAGGUAUGAGCAUCAACGCCAAUCUGACAGAGCCACGUCAGCUUCCUGGAAAAAGGGGCAGGGUGAUCCAUGAUGACUGACUGUAUAGGUAGCCUGAGCCACCAUCCCUGCCCCUGCCUUCCCUGAUGAAAGCUCAUCCCUACUCUGAAAGCCCCAGAUACCUGUAUAAGAUGGUCCUACCUGACAUGUGUGUGUUCCUGGGGCAGCACUCUCUUCUCCUUGUGCUACUGACCGCCUUUGCUCUCAGUCCAGCAACUGUAAUAGCACUAACCCAAGAGGAUGUCUUCAAAAAGGAUGUCUAUCCUCCUCUGUGGCAUCAGGCUCCUGGAAGCAUAAAGGAUUUCCCAGUACAUGGCAAUAAAACUGCCAUCAAUGCCUGGAACUAUCUAGAGAGACUGGGAGUGUAUAAGAUCUUGCUCAACUAUUCAGCUAAAUAUUUCACCACAUCUGGAUCAAAUAACGUUGGCAAUAUCCUAUGGGGCUUGCCUCUGCAGUUUGGCUGGCAAUAUCAUACAGGCAGGCUAGCAGAUCCUUCCAACGUUACCACCUGCGGCCAUGGCGCUGGACAGCAUCUGUGCAUCCCUGUACGAAGCUGGUGGGCCUCUGUGAAUUACUACCUGAGUAUUAUACCAUUUCUGUGUGCCAUGGAAGCUGGUUUCUUUGGACAGUUGCAACAUGAGAUAAAAAUAUUACCACCAGAAGAGCUAAAAGCAGACUUCUGCUACAGCGCUGCUGACUGCCGUUCCCACAGUCCAAAAGUUAUGGAUGCAUGGAAGGCUUAUUUUGAGUAUCUAUUAUCCACUGAACAGAAAUCUGAAAGGCCCACAGCAUCUUCCUUCUCAACAGAAAAAGAUGAAGCAUUGCAUUACUUAUGGGACGCGCAUGUAGCAUCCAUUGCUUAUGCAGUUCCAAAGUUCAAAAACAGCUUAAAAUAUGUCUCUGGCCCCGAAGCAAGUUUUGGGGAGAACUGGGCUAAUGCUGUGGAUUUCAUUGCGGCUACACAUUUUUCUGCAGAUCUACAGAACACAAACUAUUUCCAGGCUUUCUUACCACCACGGAUGCUUUCUGAACUUGAUCAAGCCCCAUUCAUUAGUGACUUCAGUCCAGAGCAGAACAAAGUCUUGCUUUCAUUGUGUGUUCUUCACAAAACAAAUGAAUUGACAGGUGGAACCUUGCUGCUGCUGUGGAGAAUGGCUAUGUCUACUGAAGCAGGAAGGGCAGUGGUCCGAAGUCUCAUUGAAAACUUGGUUACAGGCCCUGGAGUUUGAUCCAGUGGGAAUAUAUAAUGAUCUGAGCUGAGCUAUUUUGAUAGCACUUCGUGUCUUAAAAACAGUUCCAACAUGAGCCUGAUUGAUUCAACUAUUUAACCCACAGUAUAUCAGGUGACCUGGUCACGUUAACUCCUUGAAGCAGGAUUUCCUAAGUAGCCAUGUUAGUGCCUCUCUCUCCUAUUGAAUCAAUAUCAUUAUGCCUAAUUUUCUUAAUUAGUCCUUAUUUAUCUCAU